CCGCAGCCCGGGCAAACUAUAUCGCUGAUCGGCUUGUAGUAUAUCUGGCCAUUUCUCGUUUUGGCUCAAAUAAAUAUCCUAAGCCACCUCUACAUCAAAUCUCCUGUAUUCAGAUCAUUCAGAUCAAACACUACGUGAAUAAUAUACCCAACAUGCCGACGCCUUUGGAUCGUGCUUUGAACUCCAAGAACCUGUUCCUGGGGUUCACUGGAAUGGUGACAGCUGCGGCCGUCUGGGCCAUUUGGGGCAGCGACAUGUUCCCUGCAGAGCCAGACCCGACUGGAGACCCCGAAACCUGGUCUUAUGAUGAAAUGCGAAGGUGGCUCCGUGCCAGAGGCCUACUGCCUCACGAGAAUGCAACACGCGAAGAACUACUUGAGCGCAUCAAAGCAAAUCUGCGCGUGCCCCGCAGAACCCAGAACUGAAAUUCAAGGCAGGGGUGGGCGGCUGAACUCAAAAUAGUGUUGUUUCCAUUGGCAUGUCAUCAUAGCGUUCCAGGUCGGAUUGGAGGUGUUUUUGUUUAACCGCGAUGAAUUUCAAUUGAGCAAAUCUCGUCUAUUGUCUUCGUUGAUUUCGUGGCGCAUUAUGGAGUUGUUGUUGUCGUCACAACGCCAGGGAUAUGAGGUGUCGUCAUAUGGUCGCAAAUCGAUCCGUCC